AUCAUCAUCAAUAACAUUAGAAGAAGAAGAAGAAGAAGAAGAAGCUCUACCAAUGGGUUGCACGCAAUCAAAGAUUGAGAACGAAGAAGCCGUGGGCCGAUGCAAGGACCGAAAGAAAUACAUGCGAGAUGCCGUUUCCGCCCGCAACGCCUUCGCCGCUGCCCAUUCCGCCUACACCGUCACUCUCAAGAACACCGGUGCCGCCCUUAGCGAUUACGGUCAGGGAGAGGUCAAUGACCCUCGCCCCUCUCAACCUCCAGUCCAACCCCCAAUUGAAACCAUCCGUCCACCACCACCACCCAAUUAUACCCCUCCUCUGCAACGUGCUGCUAGUAUGCCCUCCAAAAUUUCCAUCCCCAAUUCAGAACCAAAAUCUUCCGAACCAAUCCAAGAAGAAGACGAAGAAGCCGAGAUUGACGACAACGCCGACCUGAUCCACCGCGGUUCUGCAAGGAUCCCGGAGACGCCACAACCACCGCCAUCCCCACCUCUCACACCCCCUACGACCAACCCCAACACACCUCUUCCACCGCAAUCCGGUGGAACUCCCUUCGAUUACUUCUUCUCGGUCGAAGUACCCGGAUCGUCAUUGGGUGACCCAGAUGACAUUAGGCCCGACACUUACGAUGAUCGCUAUCACAGGAAGGAGAAUGUUUUUGUAGAUGAUGAUCACGUUGGAAGUAAUGGUGGUGUAGUUGAACCUCAGACGCCGGAGGAAUUGGUUGAGCCGACUGCUGUGAAUUCACAGCCCUCGAAGAAGUUAAAGCAAGUGGUUAAUUCACAAGCGGCUCCGCCUGUUGAGGCUAAGAGAGUGGGUAAGGCUGCCCGGAAUGUUAAUUUAUUGGAGAUAUUAAAUCAGUUGGACGAUCACUUCCUUAAGGCGUUUGAGAGUGCCCAUGAUGUGUCUAAGAUGCUUGAGGCUAAUCGCUUGCAUUACCACUCUAAUUUUGCUGAUAAUCGAGGACAUAUUGACCAUUCUGCAAAGGUUAUGCGUGUUAUUACAUGGAACAGAUCCUUCAGGGGCAUGCUUAAUACUGAUGAUGGAAAGGAUGAUUUUGAUAGGGAAGAGCAUGACACUCAUGCCACUGUGUUGGAUAAGUUGCUAGCAUGGGAAAAAAAGCUUUAUGAUGAAGUGAAGGCUGGUGAGCUUAUGAAACUGGAGUAUCAGAGAAAGGUUGCUUUGCUGAAUAAGCGAAAGAAGCGGGGAACAAAUUCUGAAGCAUUGGAAAAAACAAAAGCAGCAGUUAGUCAUUUGCACACCCGAUACAUUGUUGACAUGCAAUCCCUGGAUUCUACGGUGGCAGAAAUAAACCGAUUGCGCGAUGAUCGGUUGUACCCAAAGCUUGUGGAGCUUGUUGAUGGGUUGGCUGAAAUGUGGGAAACGAUUUACAUACAUCAUGACAAGCAGGUGAAAAUUUCUCAAGACCUCAGAUCCCUUGACCUCUCUCUGGCUUCGAAGGAAACAAGUAAGCACCACUAUGAUCGUACCGUGCAGCUGUGCAGUGUGGUCCAGGAGUGGCACACACAGUUCCAGAAGCUUGUGACCCAUCAGAAAGAGUACAUAAGAGCUCUAAACAGCUGGUUAAAACUGAAUCUAAUCCCUAUUGAGAGCAGCUUAAAGGAGAAAGUGUCAUCCCCACCAAGGGUUCCUCAGCCCCCAAUCCAGGGCCUUCUGCUUGCUUGGAAUGACAAUCUUGAGAAGCUUCCUGAUGAGAUAGCCAGGACACCAAUAUCAAGCUUUGCAGCUAUGGUCAAGACUGUCAUUCUACAUCAAGAAGAAGAAUUUAAACUGAAGGAAAGAAUUGAGGAAACCAGGAAGGAGCUUGCACGCAAGGAGAGAGCAUUCACAGAAUGGCGCGAGAAGUAUAUGCAGCGGAAAACACCAACUGAUGAGAUGGAAACAGAGAGGACAGAAGAUGGAACCUAUAAUGAUCCUAUUGUGGAGAGGCAGUUUGCUGUGGAUGUCCUACAGAAGCGGUUGGAAGAGGAGGUGGAAGCCCACCAGAAACAUAGUAGACAUGUGAGGGAGAAGUCAUUGCAGAAUCUCAAGUUGCAUUUGCCUGAACUUUUCCAUGCCUUGUCAAACUUUGCACACGAUUGUUCUGGUAUGUACAAGAACUUGAGGGCCGUUGCAGAGGGAGAACUGGACUGAGAUCUUAUCUUAAGAAUGUAUUUUGUAUGUAUAGCUUGCAUAGAAAUCCAUUUGUUACCUCAA